CCUCACACACACACCCACCCUCCGUCGGUCCCUCCCUCCCUCUCCAUCAGACAUGGGGAGCUGUUGAAGGUGCAGGCUGGAUGUACCAUGAGGUCUCCGCGUCUCCUGGCGGCUCUCUGCCUGCUUCUCACCGCCUCCUGUCGGCUCUGCUCGGCCUCCAGACACGGGUGUUUGUUUGAAAAGAAGCUCUGUCCGAGAGAUCAGCUGUGCAACGAUGACGGUUUGUUCGGACGGUGCCGGGCCCCUCACCAGGAGCCCGUCCAGUACCAGGUGUCCGUGUCCGCCCUGCACAAACUGCAGCAAGUCCUCAAAGACCUGAUGGGCCAGGGUCUGACCUGGAAGGACGAUGUGACGCAGGAGAUCAUCGGCCAGCUGAGUCGCCUUCCCACCGUCGCCUCCUCUAAACCUCAGGAGAAAUCACUCAAACUGGUGUCCAGGCUCCCGGGCCCCGUGCAGCCGAGGGUCCAGGAGGACCUCGCUGACCCCGAGAUGAUGCAACAGUACGUGGACUACAUGAUCCUGGACCCCCCCCGAUCCUCCGUGCACAUGCAGAGGCCCCCGCCGGACCCCUACACCUUCCAGAAGCAGCAGCAGCAGUACGGCUACCAGGAGGAAGAGGAGCGCUCCCUGAACUCUCUGGAUGAAGAUCGGCUCGUCGCCUCCUCCUCCUCUCGCUCCAGAAACUCUCUGGACUCAGACGGGCAGCUCCUCCAGAACCUCCUCUCCUUUUACCUCACCUCCCCUUCCUCUUCCUCCUCCUCUUCCUCCUCCUCUUCCUCCCCUGUGCAGCCUCUCUCCCGCCACAGAGGAGCUGCAGGAUUUCCCUCUUCUCUCUCCUCCUCCUCCUCGUCCUUCUUCCCGGAGCUAGACUUCCCACUGGAUUACGGCGAGGACUACAUUUCCCAGGUGUCUCAGCUCAAGAAGAAGAAGCAGCAGGAGGGAGAGAAGAAGCAGCAGCAGGAGGAGUACGACGCCCUGUCAGGACUGGAUGGGCGCUCUCUGCAGAGGCUGGCGCUGCUCCUGGAUCAUUACGGGCUGGAUGUGAAGGAUCUAUCCCCCGAUCAGAGGGAGGACCUGCCGGCCGCUCUGAAGCAGCUGCAGCUGAAGAGCUCCUUCAGCAGCACGCUCACCAAAGAUACAUACGGGAACGAUGCUGCUGCAGGAAAGAAGGUCAAAGAGGGUGCUAUGGCGUACAAGUCUGCUCCACCUUCCUCCAACAAACCCCAAAACCUGAAGCAGAGCAGAAGGUCUCGCUCCCCCCCGGAGGCCGGACACGUGGAGAAGGAGGGUGCGGUGGUACCCGCGCUCUCCUUCAGGAUCCGACCAAAAAACCUGACGGCUGCAGACGGGGCGGAGAAAUCAGUGGCAGAGAAGCACCUUCUGCAGAGCGGAGCGGGAGAGAGCGAUGAUGGGAUGGCGUUGCCCCUGGCGACCCGGGUUAAGCCCCGCUCCUCCUCCGGCUGGGUGUUCUCCACGCUGGUUGCCAUGGCGAUCAUCGGCAGCAUCCUGGUGGCGGCCAUGACGAUCGCCUGCCUGAGGAAUCACGCCCACCGCCUGGCAGCCAGGAAGCUGGGCCUGGAGGGGGGCAGCUUCACCCACCAGGAGUACCAGGACCUGUGUCGCCAGCACAUGUCCUCCAAAGGAGCCUUCGGACGCCUGGAGGCCGCCGCACUGGGAGCAGUGGGAGGAACCAGUGGAGGAGGAACCAGUGGAGGAGGAGGAGGUGUUGGUGUUGGAGCUGCAGGUGGAGGAGCAUCAGCAGGAGGUGGAGACUCCAGAGUGAGCAGCGUCUCCUCCCAGUUCAGCGAUGGAGCUCAGCCCAGUCCGAGCUCCAUCAGCAGCGCGUCAUGGUGUGAAGAGCCGGCACAGGCUAACAUGGACAUCUCCACCGGACACAUGAUACUGGCCUACAUGGAAGACCACCUGAGGAACAAGGACCGUCUGAUGAAGGAGUGGGAGGCUCUGUGCAGCUACACCGCCGAGCCCAGCGCCGUCUCCAUCGCCCAGAGCGACGCCAACGCCAAGAAGAACCGCUGCGCCCAGUCUGCCCCCUAUGAUCACUCCAGGGUGAAGCUGAAGGCGGAGGUCAACCCUUCACGAUCUGACUACAUCAACGCCAGCACCAUCAUUGAGCACGACCCCCGGAUGCCUGCUUACAUCGCCACCCAGGGCCCGCUGUCACACACCAUCUCUGACUUCUGGCAGAUGGUGUGGGAGAACGGCUGCACUGUGAUCGUGAUGAUGAGCGCUCUGGUUGAAGACGGGGAGAAACAGUGUGACCGCUACUGGCCUGAUGAGGGCUCGUCCCUCUACCACAUCUACGAGGUGAACUUGGUGUCGGAGCACAUCUGGUGUAACGACUUCCUGGUGCGGAGCUUCUACCUGAAGAACGUCCAGACGCAGGAGACCCGGACCCUCACUCAGUUCCACUUCCUCAGCUGGCCGGCGCAGGGCAUCCCCCCCGCCACCCGCCCGCUGCUCGACUUCCGCAGGAAGGUGAAUAAGUGCUACAGAGGACGGUCCUGCCCCAUCAUCGUGCACUGCAGUGACGGGAUAGGCCGGACUGGGACGUACAUCCUGAUCGACAUGGUUCUCAAUCGCAUGGCUAAAGGUGUGAAAGAGAUCGACAUCGCUGCGACUCUGGAGCACGUCCGGGACCAGAGGCCGGGGAUGGUCCGCACCAAGGAUCAGUUUGAGUUUGCGCUGACGGCGGUCGCUGAGGAGGUCAACGCCAUCCUCAAAGCUCUGCCUCAGUGACACCCUCCUCUUCCUGCUCCUCUCCACCAUGAUGAUUCUCACGAUGAAGAACGACGCUGUGCUUGUCCGUCUGUCCGUCUGGUGUCAAAAAAACUAAAACAAAACAUCUUACUUUGGGACGUCUUUAAAGUCAGAAAGGCUGUGUCUGAUUUCUAUGUGUUUGUGGCACAGAGGUGAUGCGUUCAGGGACAGGAGUGUUGCGUUUAAUGCUAAUAUGAAAGCAAAAUAAUUGAGAUAUUUAAAAAAGAGGUUAAAAAACCCACAUGCAUGGUGUCUUAUUCUUUCAGCAAGAGAGGACCGUGUUAAAUUAACAAAGGAUAAAGCUGCCAGAAACUGAAAGAAAGGAAACCAAGAUACAUGCAAAGAUAUGUCUUUCCCAGCUUUGUCUUUGCAGGAUACAUACAUAAAAGUACUACAUGUAAGCAGCCACCCUGAAUGCAACCUCUGAACCGGGUGAAUGCGAUAUUUAAACAUCAGGAAUCCAGAUGAAGUGUUUCCUGUCGGGUCGUCGUGUCUCAGAGAGGAAGUAGAGAUGGCUUUAAGAUGAAGUGUUUCCUGUCGGGUCGUCGUGUCUCAGAGAGGAAGUAGAGAUGGCUUUAAGAUGAAGUGUUUCCUGCCGGGUCGUCGUGUCUCAGAGAGGAAGUAGAGAUGGUUUCAAAGCACCAGAUGAAGUGUUUCCUGUCGGGUCGUCGUGUCUCAGAGAGGAAGUAGAGAUGGUUUCAAAGCAGGUGAAAGGGAUGGAAAGGUGUGUAAAAGGAGGAUGUGUGAUUGUUUACCUGCUCUCUCUGUAGCUCCCCUCCCUUCCUCACACACCUGCAGAAAACACCAACACACUGCGUCCCCAUGUGUGUGUGUGUGUGUGUGCGGAUCGUUCUGCGUCACUGGAUAUAUUGUUGUUUACCUCAUGCAAGUCAAAAAAGAAAUAAAAAAAAUUAAAAAGAAAUGCUAUUCUCUGAAAAAACAGAAAAGCUUAUUUUGUAUCUGUGAGACCUUGAAUAAAUAUGUUAGUGUUGAAGUGCUGCAAUC